CAUGUGACUAUAAGAUCUUGGUUAAGUAGAUCUUUCUUCCUAAGAAUGAUAAUUACGGUGAUCUUCAUGUAAAUUGAUAUGAGAGAGAUUAAGCGUGGGAACGAGAUCUGAGCCACGAACAGAACACACACACUCUCAGACACACCGCCCGUGACCCUUCCGAAUUCCAAUCCAAGAGACGAAAGCGUAAAACGACGUCACGUGCGUUUGGCGGUCCGUUCGGUAGCUUCGUUUCGUUUUGUGUCGAUUCCAACUUUCAAGGAAUUCUUUUACCAUUUCCAGAGUCCCAGAUUCAGAUUUCAGGAGAAUCCAGUCAGUCCACUGCCGCUUCCGUCUUUACCCUUCAACCCCACCCUCCUGAGUGAUGUAUGUAUGUAUACAUGUUAUUCGAAUUAAUUAAUGAAAAAAGAUUAAAAAAAAAGGAAAAGAAGAUGAGGAAUUUUGUUCCCCGUGCCCGAGAGGGGAUUUUCUCCCCUCCCUUGUUGUUCUGUCCGUCCAUUUCGUUGUCUUUAUUUUUGAUCGUUAGCUGUAGUUCGCUAUCGCUUGUACGAAGAAGAGAGAUAUUGGAGAGAGAGAGAAUGGCAGAUUGGGGUCCGGUGGUUGUAGCGGUGGUGUUGUUCGUGCUGUUGACGCCGGGGAUGUUGUUCCAGCUGCCGGGAAGGAACAGAAUAGUAGAGUUCGGAAACAUGCAAACAAGUGGUGUAUCCAUUCUGGUGCAUGCCAUCAUCUAUUUCGGUCUCAUCACCAUCUUCCUCAUCGCCAUCGGUGUUCACAUCUACACCGGUUAACCACAACUCUUUUCUUCUUCCUCUUGGUCACUCUUUAAGUUUUCCUACUUUUCUCUUUGCUUUCUUUUUGAAUGCGUGUAUGUUGUCGUUUCUCUGCCGUUUUCUUGGUGUUGGUCGAUCUGGCUCCUCCUCCCCCUCUUCCUGCAGUCCUGCUCUUCAUCUUUAUUUAUCCUUUAGUGGAUUUGCUUUUGCUUUCUCUUUCUGUUAAAUUGUACUGGAUUGUGAUGAAUAUUAUUGGCGCUAUCUUUGGAGGUGUUUUGUGAUUUUGUUUGCCA